ACAAAUAAGAAAGAAUUAAGACACGAAACCUUAAUAAAUCAGAAGCCAAGUGGUGCACGCUUAACUUGGCUAAUUUUUCGGGCCGAAAAAUCCUCAUCGAAAAGCCCGGGAGGAGGAAUCAAACAGUCAGUUAGAGCCGUUAUUAAUAUGCUGGCUUGUUGGAGGGCCCGGCCCGUUUUCCCACACGGCCCUACCGAUUUGCGACGCGGGCUCUGCUGCAGAGCUGAGGAACAAGCGGUAGCUCUCACUCAACGCCCGACCAAGAAGAAAAUUGUUGUCGUGGGCUCGGGCUGGGCCGGGCUCGCUGCAGCUCACCACCUCUGUAAACAGGGAUUUGAUGUCACAGUUCUUGAAGGUGGAUAUGAACUUGGAUGGAAAACUAAGUCUAUUACUCCUGAUGAUGCUGGUAUUCGAGGCUUCUGGUAUCCCUUCCGAAACAUCUUCAACUUGGUCGAUGAGCUCGGCCUCAAACCCUUCACAAACUGGACAAAAUCCGGACAGUAUUCAGACGAGGGCCUAGAGGUUGAGUAUCCAAUAUAUCAGAACUCACAGCAGCUGCCAACUCCGUUUGGAACAUUACUCAACACUAAGUUUGCUCGUUUGCCCCUUGUUGAUCGCUUCACAUCACUCCCUCUAAUGGCUGCAGUGAUUGAUUUUGACAACACCGAUUCUGCUUGGAGAAAGUACGAUCCGAUCACUGCAAGGGAGAUUCUGAGGCAAUUUGGGUGCUCGGAGAGGCUCUACCGCGAUGUUUUUGAUCCGUUGAUUCGAGUAGGGCUGUUUGCCCCGCCGGAGCAAUGCAGUGCUGCUGCAACUCUUGGAAUGCUUUACUAUUUUGUUCUAGCAAACCAGAAACAUUUCGAUCUCAAAUGGUGUCGUGGGACGGUGAGAGAGGGAAUCUUUCUGCCAUGGAUGGAAUCUCUCAAGGCUCAAGGCUGCAGAUUCCUCGAGGGUAGAAGAGUGACAGACGUUGUUGUGAAUGAGGAGACGGGGUGCGUCACAGAGGUUGUGUGUGGGAAGGAGAGUUUCAAGGCAGACGCAUUGAUCCUGGCCGUUGGAAUCUCCACUCUGCAAGAGAUCGUGCAGAGAAGUGCAGCACUUUGUGGAAGAGAAGAGUUUCUGCAGAUCAUGAAGCUGAACAGCACAGAUUUGAUCACAGUUAAGCUUUGGCUUGAUAAGAAGGUCGUCAUUCCUUAUGCCGGCAACGUCGCAUCUGCACCCGACAACGCCUGUGCUUGGACAUUCUUCGACUUGAACGCCAUCUACGACGAGUACGAUGAGACUGCAUCAACAGUUGUCCAAGCUGAUUUAUAUUAUGCCGAUGAUUUGUUGCCUUUGAAAGAUGAGAAAAUAGUCGAAAAGGUGAAGACUUGGCUAUCAAAUUGCAUCAAAGAUUUUGGAAAUGCAAGUGUUGUUGAUCAAGAAAUCGGUAGAUUUCCCAAAUUCCACCCCCAUUUUUUCCCAGGCUCGUAUAAGCACACGAUGAGAGGAUCGACGUCUUUCCCGAAUGUGUACGUGGCGGGAGAGUGGAUAAUAAACCGCCACGGUUCAUGGUCACAGGAGAAGGCGUAUGUUUCCGGUCUCGAGGCCGCCAACAGAGCUGUCGACUAUCUCGAGGAAGGGAGUUUUGCCAGAAUAGUCGCCGUCGACGAAGACGAGCAGCAUGUUCAAUUGCUGAGGAGCUUCAACAGAAGCCUCUGUGAUUUGAAAGCACAGCUGCCUUGCUUCAACUAUUUUCUGUAGUGAUCUUGUUUUUGUGCUUUCUCUUUUUUUUAAUCUUCUUACAUUUGUAUAUGUAAAGGUAGUUUGUGCAUAGUUUGUUGGAUUCUUGGUAUAGGCUGUAUUUUUUAAAGAUUAAUUGUCUAUAAAUUAUUGAAUUUUUAUUGGAUUAUGAUUUUGAAUACAAA